AUGACCACCACUGAUCCUGCCACAGGUCAGCCGCUGCCAGAUUCGGCCAUUCAGCGUGUGCUGUUCGCGACCACUGGGGUGCACGUAUACCAAAUUCCGCCGCUGACCUCAAACCGGGGGUUCACCGCAUCGCAAUGGACAUCUCCGACACAACCGACAGCACAGCAGAUCUUUACCAGUCGACUGCGAAUAAUCGAGACAUCACUCGGGACGAAGAUCAAGGCUGACAUCGUCCUCGAAGAUACCAACACUGGCGACCUUUUCGCGGCCGCUCCUUACACGGCAUCUGCCGUCGUACAGCAAGCCAACGAUAGCAGUCGCUUCUUUGCUGUUCGCGUGCAGGGCGAAGGUGGCAUGAAGGCAACUCUGGGUAUAGGUUUUGAGGAUCGAAGUCCAGCGUUCGAUUUUGGCAUCGCUUUAGGAGAGGUGCGAAAGGUUCUCGGCAUUGACAACGUCCCAAACAAUCAAGAUCCAGCACGGAAAGAUGGCUCAUCAGCUGGUAAAAUAGAGGCUCAACCGAAACAAGACUUUAGCUUGAAAGAUGGAGAGAAGAUCCAUAUCCAAGUCGGGUCCAAGGGUCGACGUGGCGUUCCAACAAAGGCGUCGAGCGGAGCAGGUGACGACGCAGCUCUGUUCUCCAUCGCCCCGCCUCCACCGCCUGCUUCGGAAAUAGACAGUACGUCAACAUCCUUGCCCAAGCCUACGCAGGACGGCAAAUCGGCAGCAGAGCUCGGUUUCGACGAUGGCGAAUUCGGAGAGUUCCAGUGA